AUGUUCUACUCACGGCCCGCGCUGUUGUUCACGUCAUGGAUGCUAGUCUUCGCUGUCAUAGGAUCGUCACUCUGGUCCUCUGUACAAGCUUACAUCCCCGCAUCACCCACAAACGAUACUUUCCCAGACGAUAAUUCCACCAGCCCCUCACAACUCGUCCUGGAGUGGUUUGGAGGGGAGUACGCCGAGGAUGUGUCCUACCAGCUAGUAGGAGCAGACAGCGAUGGGAUUAGCAAGGGCGUUCUUGUCCACUUCUCGGAGUUUAAGCUCUCGAAUGAUACUACCACGACGCCCUGGAUCGCGCUGGUCUCCUGUGACGCUAACUCCACCGAUGCGUCCAUGGAGGACGACAUCUUCACACUCGCCCGCGACAGGGGCGCCGUCUCUGCGCUCCUCUAUUCUGCGUACAGCGAACGCUGCGUUAUCAACCCUGACUAUGCGAACCCUGAGAACUUCGAUCAAGUGAUGGACAUAUUCUCCUCGCCGUCGCUCUCCGCGUCGCAGAUGAUCGAGGUCGAGUACAAGGCCCUCAAUCAGUCACAGUACCAAAACUUCAAUGCCACGCUGCUCGACGAGUCUGUGGCCAUCGUGAACGCCUCGCUCACGCUCGGCACUAUAAAAGCCCCGAAUUUCCUCUUUGCCGCGCUCGUUGCUUCGAAUGCAACAGGAGACUCUAGUUUGGGGGGCAACGGGAGCAACUCGGAAGUCUCAUCAACCAAUGGUGACCCGUCGUCGAACCCUCGAUCCAGCCUCGCCAUGAUAAUUCUGCCGUUCGUGCCAUCCGACACCCCGAGCGCUAUGGGCCUCGUGCAGGCGGUGAGACAGCAACAUUAG